CGAAGUCUAUUUCCCUCUAGAGUAACAUUUCUUAACAGUUUCUGCAGUUUCAAAAGUCUUCACUUGACGCGAUUUAUACGUGGUUUUCUCUCUUCAAUCUUUGUUUCCUACUUCCCAAAUCGUGGCUUGGUCUCUCUUGCUUCUUGAUUUUUGCAAGAUUUUUCUCUAAUCUUUUUUCAGGAACAUUAAUUGAUUAGUUUACUGAUUCAGUUAGGAUUCUACUGAAGAAUGUUUGGCUUAAAGAAAUCUCCCAUAAGGGUUGGUAAGCAUAACUCAGCUGAUUCUGGGUAUAAGGCUUCUUCUCUCUCCAACCCUUUCGACUCUAACAAUGAGUUGGACAAUACACAUACUCUUAAACCAUCAAUAAAGACUUCUUCUAAACCCAACCUAACUACCCCAAAAGUGAGCACCAAUCCUUUUGAUGAUGAUGAGAUAAAAGUGACCACUUCUGGAUCCUCAUAUUCACGUAAUGCUGCUGCCAGAAACAGAUACAAGAAUGAUUUCCGUGAAUCAGGUGGAAUAGAGAACCAGUCUGUGCAAGAAUUGGAGGACUAUGCUGUUUACAAGGCCGAGGAGACUACAGAGGCAGUGAAUGGCUGUCUGAAGAUUGCUGAAGAGAUUAGAGAGGAUGCGACAAAAACUUUGGUCACUUUGCAUCAUCAGGGUGAACAAAUUACCAGGACCCACCACACUGCUGCUGACAUUGACCAUGAUCUUAGUCGGGGUGAGAAACUUUUGGGAAGCCUUGGGGGCAUGUUCUCUAGGACUUGGAAGCCAAAGAAAACUCGCCCAAUUAUGGGCCCUGUCAUAACAAGAGAUGAUCCAGUACAAAGAAAGGGUAACCACUUGGAUCAAAGGGAGAAGUUGGGACUAAAUCAUGCGUCCAGGGGACAGUCAAAUACACGAGCACCUUUGCCUGAGCCGACAGAUGCUUAUCAGAAAGUCGAGGUGGAAAAGGUGAAGCAGGAUGAUGCACUUUCUGAAUUAAGCAAUAUUUUGGGAGAUUUGAAAGAUAUGGCUAUUGAUAUGGGGUCUGAAAUUGAUAGUCAGAACAAAAAACUGGAUCAUAUGGAUGUUGAUGUGGAUGAGUUAAAUUUCCGAGUGAGACAGGCAAAUGCACGAGGUCGUCGUUUACUUGGAAAGUAGAAGUACAUGCCUUAUUCGGAUCUGGGCUGUUACGCAUAUAUGGAUCCAGAUACAGAUUUGUAGUUCAUGUAUUUUCACUUCUAAUAAUUUUUGUCUGAUUUACAGUAUGACAAAAGUACUGAGUAAUCCAUUUUCAAUUUACUAUU